AUGAAUUAUAAGUUAAUCAUAAUUGUUGUUGGUUUAGUAGUUUGUUCUUCGAUGAGUGCACGUGCAAAUCUUGAUUGUAGAGCUGCUCUCUGUGUUGAUGCCGACAGAAGCAAGUGUUUGGCACAAGGAAGCAAGUUCCAUCCAAAGGAUAUAAAGAAUGGUGUAUGUUGUGACUAUUGUGAACCAAAUUGUGCAGCUGUUACUUGUCUUCGUAUUACUGAAGCAGAAUGCAUGAAAGAAAACGGAAAAUACCUCGUUGCCAAUCCCAAGGCUGGACAGUGUUGCAAUACCUGUAUUCUCCCGUGUGAUUCCGUGAGAUGUAAUCAAAACAUAAAGUGUCCCAGAGGACAAACCUUAAUGCCAGCAAAUCCCUCUGCAAAAAAAUGUUGUCCAUAUUGCAAAUAA